AAAAAAAUAAAGAUAUUCUUUCCCCACUCCUCUCCACAUCAAUGACGCUCCUUCAUCUUUUGAUCCUGUUAACUUGUUUUAUUACUUUCUAAAGUGGAUUAGGAAAUUCUAUUAAAGUAUCAGUGAUGGGUAUUUUUUCUUUUUGUGAAUUGUGUUCUUUUUUCUUGAGUUAUAAGUGCUCAAUUCUUUCAAAAGGGGUAUUUUCUGAAAUCUCUGAUAGCAAGGUGGACAAGUGUAUGGCUCGAUUACAAGAGCUUCAGUAUACAGUUACAGGUGGUAAUAAGGUGAUUUCUGGUGUAACUCUCAGUCCCCGCAGCACUAGAGGCUAUUUGAAAGCUAGCCUCAGAUGCAAACAAGAAUCUUUGAGGAUCAAGAAUGCUACUUCCCGCAAAUCUCCUCCAGGGAAAUUGCCGACAAAUGCAGGGGAGUGGCGGCGAAUGUCAUUACCAGCAAUGCUUCUGGGAGAGACAGUGGCUGAAAUUAAACAGGCAAGUCAAUUUGCUAGAGAUAUAGUGGAGGCAGUAGGUUCCAAGGGGAAAACACCAGCAUCCGAUGACCCGAAAACUCCACUCACAUUGAGGCAAAACCAGAAGCCAAGCCCUGAAAACUCCGAGCUCCGAUCACGUAGAAAGAGAGAGAAACAGGUAACCAUGCAAACAAUGCGGUCACCACCAUCAAAACAACGAGCAAAAUCACGAAUAAACUUCAAGGUUUCUUCUCCAUUGCAGCAGAGGGAAUGUGAGAAAGAAAAUUGCAAGUACAUUGCAAAUAGAGUUUCCCCAAGGAAUAGGCCAUGGGUGAAAAAGACUGUCCUUUUUCCAAACCCAUUGUUCCAUUCAUCAUCUCCAACUUCACAGCAGCAGAAAUUAUCUAAAACACAGUCUCCCAUUACUGCAAGAAAUCGACAAACACCCCAUAAGUUCUUGGUGAAGUCCCCGCCCAAGGCCCCAAAGCUUCAAGCGAAAAUCAGAAGCCCCCAAAAACUUUAUGCAUCUCCUACUAGAGUAACAAGUUUGGGCACUAAGUUCUUGGCAAAGUCUCCGCCCAAAGCCUCAAAGCUUCACGCGAAAAUCAGAAGCCCCCCAAAAGUUUAUGCAUCUCCUACUAGAGUAUCAAGUUUGGGCACUAAGUUUUUGGCGAAGUCUCCGCCAAGGUUUCAAGUGAAAAUCAGGAGCCCUCCACAAAUUUCUGUGUCUCCUACUAGAGCAACAAGUUUGAGCAAGAGGUCCCCAAAGAUGUCAACAGCUGCCAAACUGAGGUGGUCAUUUUCACCAACAAGAUUGGCAAACAAGAUAGCUUCUUCACCCUCCAAAAUGAGGUCAUUUUCGCCAUCAAGAUUGGCAAGUAGGUUAGCUUCACCAUUAAAGAGCAAAAAAUCUGUACAGAAGAUUGAUGGGAUGAGGAUGAUGAUGAGUGGACUCAAACAGCGACCACGAGCUUCAACCACAUCAAAGCAAUUCUCAGUUCAGGGAAUGUGAAUUGAUGAUCAUUCAUUGUUUGUGCUUAAGAUUUUGAAGGAUUCUUCGUUAUUUGAAGAUAUUUUCUCGAUGUCCUUUGUUUGGUACAACAGGAGUAUUUUCCCCCUUUCCGACUUCUAUAUUUUUUUUCAAGGUUGUAUAAUUUGAUUUGUAAAACUGAGGUACUUCCUCGAUAAGAAGGUAAAUAAAAAGCUUUCAUGUAGAUGAAAUUUGCUUUUACUGUAUCAUUUCGUUUCUCGUCUGUUAAAUUAGACUAGGAGUCUCAAUCUAUCAUUUCGUGAACCCCGUAAGA